AUGGUGUUAGAUUUGAAUGUGCCGGCUGGAAUAGAUGAAUUGGAAUAUUACAAUAAUAUUGUCAAUGAUGAUGCAAUAGACUGGGGCAUGAAUAAUGUCCGUGGUGAGGAUUUUUCAGCAUAUGGGUUUGAAACGGAAGAAAAUGUGAAUGUAGAAGAUGUAGAUGUGAAUGAAGACAUUGUGAAUGAAGAAGAAGAGAAUGUUGAAGCUGUGGAAUCUGAGUUCCUCGUCGACGGUGAAGAUGUGGUGAAUGAAGAUGUUAAUUUGUCAUCUAGAGAGUUAGAGGACAAAUUAUCACCUGGGUGUUUAGUUGAUGGGGUCGAUGAUGCUUUUUUGUUAUAUUGUGCCUAUGCCAAAAUGACUGGAUUCAGUGUAAGGAGAGGGAACGAAGAAAAAUUUAGGCGGACAAAAAUAUUGCGUAUGAAGACAUUUGUAUGUAGUUGUCGCGGUUCGACACCUAGUAGUCACAUUGAUGGUCGUUUACCUGUAUAUAAAAAGCAAACAACUCGGUCCAACUGUCAAGCCCUUUUGAGGGUUGCUCGUGUUGAGGGAGGGCCGUGGAAGGUAACGACAUUUAAUAAAGAACACAACCACGAGUUACUUGCCAAGGAUCAAGCCUAUUUGCUUCGUUCUAGUCGUCACCUUUCGCAUUCUAAGAAAUCUAUGUUGGAGGCUUUGACUUCAGCCGGCAUACCAAUAAACCGAGCUUGUCGUUUCAUGGAAAAUGAAUCUGGUGGCCUUGAAAACGCCGGAUUUAUUCGUAAAGAUGCUUACCAUCAUAUGGACAAUGUUAGAAGAAAGUCUAAGAUGACGGAUGGAGAUGCAAUGGCUCUGAUGCAGUACUUUGUUGACAAGUCGAACAAAGAGCCUUUUUUCUACUGGAAUAUGCAAAAGGAUGAUGAUGGUCGACUUAUGAAUUUAUUCUACCGUGAUUCUCGUAGUGGCCUUGAUUACGAGUAUUUUGGUGAUGUGCUAUCCGUUGACACAACCUACAAGACGAACAAAUAUGAUCUUAUUUGUGCUCCCUUUGUAGGUAUUAAUCAUCACUUGAAGAAUUGUUUGUUUGGGUUGGCUUUCCUUUCUGACGAGACAACGGAGACAUUUGAAUGA